AUGACAAUACUUUUGGCCUGGCCCUUUGCGCAAUGGGGACUUGACCAAGUUGGUCCACUGUCGAAAUCAUUGCCUGUUGGUCAUACUCAUCUAUUGGUAGCAGUUGAUAAAUUCACCAACUGGAUCGAGGCCAGACCAGUCACCAAUCAGACAGCCAAGACUGCUAUCAAAUUCUUCAAAGAAAUAACUUGUCGUUUUGGUGUGCCUCAUAGCAUCAUUACAGACGAUGGAACCAACUUUGAUUCUAAGGAAUUCCAUCACUUCUGCAACAACAAUGGUAUCAAGCUCAAAUUUGCUUCGGUUGCACAUCCUCAGACCAAUGGGCAAGUAGAAAGGAUCAAUGGCCCAAUCUGCGAUGGCAUUAAAAAGCGCCUUAUGGGUGCAGGUGGAGCAUGGGUCGAAGAAUUACCAUCAGUACUUUGGAGUUUACGGACUGCACCAAAUAGGUCAACUCAAUAUACUCCGUUCUUCCUUGUCUACGGAGCCGAAGCUGUUCUACCUGCCGACAUUCGCUUUGAAGCACCUCAAGUAGCCGCAUAUUCAGAGGCAACCUCUGUUCACGCACUACAGAUGUUGUGGAUCUUCUUGAUGAGGCUCGAGACAUCGCUUUAG